AUGCCGUCGCUCAGGCAGCAAACAAUGACUGACGUGGAGGCUACCCUCAGCAUAUUCAAGGACAUCGGGAGGGCGACUGCCACGACUGAAGUUGUCGCAAGCCAACCCGUGCGCGCUGCUGUGAAAGAUCUACCGCCCAUACAUUACUGGAACUGGGAGCGCUUUCUCGACACUGUUCUCAGAGGGGCCCGCAGCUUCGACCAGAACUCGCUGGUAAUGGUGGAAAACAUGCGCUACGUGCGGGAAGUGGCUGUGCUUAUUGGCCAGUAUGAACCGCGACACGUGCUCAACUUCAUGGCGCUGUGCGUGGCUGACGAACUGAGCGUGUUCUUUCCGGAGCGCCACGCGCGGUCGAGUAACGCUGCGCGGUUGCCGUACCGUGACCGAAGCCUUCCGACAAGGCCCCAGCUGUGCCUGCGGUUCGCCGAGCGUACGUGUCCGAUAGGCGUGGAGGCACUGCUACUGCAGGCCAUCGCCGGAACCAACGUUCGUGAGGACCUCGUCAGGGAGUUCUCCUGGUGGAUACCGCAAUUCCGGGACACCCUGGCAUCGUACGCCAAGCGGCUCUCCUGGCUGGGGUCCAAGGCGGCCUCGGAACUGGAGAGCGUCAUUAACGGCCUGAAAGUUGAGAUAAUGUUCUCCGACGCAAUUCUUGGAAUCGAUGAGGACCUGACCCAAGUGGAAUGUGGAUAUGACAGGAAUCUCUACAGGCACCACCCUAUGCGGCAGUACUCGGAGGCCUACAAAGCGCGACUGGACAAGUACUAUCUCAGCGGCAACUCGACCCCUUUCUUUCGAAAGUAUCCUCCUGCCAGCAGCUUUGAAUACAGCAUUGUCUACGACGAAUAUUCAAACGUUAUCUUCAUUCCGCUCAGUUACUUCGGACUCGCCUUUCAAGCCACUCCACUGUUAAGAAAGUUUUAUGUGGUGAAGAUAUUACCCGACCUUGUUCGGACCACCACGAGGAUUCUGGCUAAUGCGCAGGAUCCUAAUAAGACGGCUAUGUUCAAUGCAAGACGACACUGCGCCUUGGGUGCAUACAUAGCGCAUCCAAUCCCUAUUCUUCUCGAGAGAAUGGAAGGAAUCAAUCACUGGAUGUACGAAGACAUUAUGGCCGACCAUCUGGCACUGGCCCCUUACAUGCAGCUUUUCCUUAACCUGAGCCAAAGCGCAGCCGCCGAUCCCCACCUUGUCAUGCGUGGAUUCGCCCCUUACGUUGCCGAGCACGUGGCAUUCUUCUUCUACGCUGAGUCAUCCUGCGAGCCAUACACCAACCACUGCCGGAAAGCCAAGAAGCUCAGCCCUUCCUUCACAAACCAGGGUGAAUGGAGCCCUCUCCCAAUAUGCACCGUUCACCGUCAGCUUCUUCUGUCCAUACGGUUCUGCUAUGGCCAAAGACCCAUGCGAGCUGUACCGUCGGUACACAAAAGCAACUGACUUAUAAAGUGGC